UGCCGGGAUGGCAGAAGAUGAACCCGACGCUAAGAGCCCCAAGACUGGGGGACGGCCCCCCUCAGGUAGUGCUGAGGCGGGAGAACCCACCACCCUUCUUCAGAGGCUCCGAGGUACCAUUUCCAAGGCCGUGCAGAACAAAGUCGAGGGGAUCCUGCAAGAUGUACAGAAAUUCUCAGACAACGACAAGCUGUAUCUCUACCUUCAGCUCCCCUCAGGACCCAGUACUGGAGACAAAAGCUCAGAGCCAAGUACACUUAGCAAUGAGGAGUACAUGUAUGCCUAUCGAUGGAUCCGCAACCAUCUAGAAGAGCAUACUGACACCUGUUUGCCAAAGCAAAGUGUUUAUGAUGCCUAUCGGAAGUACUGUGAGAGUCUUGCCUGUUGCCGCCCACUCAGCACCGCCAACUUUGGCAAAAUCAUCAGAGAGAUCUUCCCUGACAUCAAGGCCCGAAGGCUUGGUGGCCGAGGCCAGUCCAACUGCUCUUUAACUUGUCUCAGAUAUUGCUACAGUGGCAUACGAAGGAAGACCUUGGUGUCUAUGCCACCCUUACCUGGACUUGACCUGAAGGGCUCUGAGAGUCCAGAAAUGGGCCCAGAAGUAACCCCAGCACCCCGGGACGAACUGGUUGAGGCAGCCUGCGCUCUGACCUGUGACUGGGCAGAACGAAUCCUGAAACGAUCCUUCAGUUCCAUCGUUGAAGUCGCCCGCUUCCUCCUGCAGCAGCACCUCAUCUCUGCCCGGUCUGCCCCUGCCCACGUACUCAAGGCAGUGGGGCUCGCUGACGACGAUGAACAUGCCCCUCGGGAGCGGUCCUCUAAAUCCAAGAAUGGUGUCGAGAGCCUAGAGGGUGGAGCCCAUAAGAAACCAGAGAGACCAGCCCAGCCACCUAAGGAGCCGGAACCCCGGGCUGGGGCUGGCCCUCCUGCACGUGGAGAGCGGAAGAAGAGUGUAGUGGAGAGCCCAGCCCCAGCAGCCAGUAACCCACAGGUUAAUGCCCUGGUGGCCCGGCUGCCUCUGCUCCUUCCCCGGGCCCCUCGCUCACUUAUUCCACCACUCCAAGUCUCUCCCCCCAUCCUGGCCCCCAAGCUUUCUUCAGGCCCUCUGAAAGUGGCUCUGCCCAGUAGGGCUGGGGGACCCCAGGCAGCUGUGCCCAUCAUUAACAUGAUCUUACCAGCUGUUCCUGCUUUGCCUGGACCCGGGCCUGGGCCUGGGCCUGGGCCUGGGCCUGGGCCUGGGCCUGGGCAAGCCCUACCUGGGGUGCUCGCUCAGCCACGAGGCACAGAGAACAGGGAGGUAGGCAUAGGUGGUGACCCAGGACCCCAUGACAAAGGUGUCAAGAGAUCAGCAGAAGUACCUGUGAGUGAGGCCAUUGGGCAGGAUCCACCAGCUAAAGCAGCAAAGCAGGAUAUAGACGAUACAGGAAGUGAUGCCAAAAGAAAACGGGGGCGCCCUCGAAAAAAAUCAGGUGGAAGUAGGGAAAGGAACUCUACCCCUGACAAGUCAGCAGCUGCCGUGGACUCUGCCCAGCCCUGCCGGUUACCACGGGAGACAUGGGCCUCUGCAGGGGAGAGCAACUCUGCCAGAGGGUCAGGGAGACCAGGGCCAGUGGGAGGGGCUGAGAAGGGGAUGGUGCUUGCCCGGGAUCAGGAAGAUGGUGUUGUUUCCAGAGGAGGAAAGGGCCCCAGUUCCCGGCAUGCCAAAGAAGCAGAAGAUAAAAUUCCUCUGGUCACCUCAAAAGUGAGUGUCAUCAAGGGCAGUAGAAGCCAAAAGGAGGCUCUUCCAAAGGAAGAGGUAGACACUGCAGCACAGGGUAAUAAAGACUUAAAAGGGCACGUGCUUCAGAAUUCCUUAUCCCAUGAAGGGAAAGACCCCCAAGCAACACCCCCUUGAUAGGUACGUGGGGAAAAGUGUUUAUAUUCACAUUAACUCUACCUGCCUAGUAGAGGCCCUUCUCUGCACUUGCUUCUCAUUUGGCUCUUCUUUUCCUAAGGCAGUUCAUUCUCCUGUAGAGACUGCUGAGACCCCCUUGUCUUACACAGUGUCUGGCUCCUGCCUCUGAUGUUUCCAGCUCAAUACCCUUGGCUUUAGAGUCCUUGAUAAAUGUAGUGACUGUCUUACCUGGAUCUCUGCUAUCCUGUGGGAGGAUAGGGAUGGAGUAAGUAUGAUGAAUGUAUCGGCUAGGAAUCUUUCAGUUUUAAAUCAAAGAAAACCUUACAAACUGGCUUAAAAAUGAAGACUUCCUGGCUCACGUAACUGUGAAGUCCAGAGGUAGUACUGGCUCCAGGGAGAGCUGAUGCAGUGGCUCAACCCAUUUCUAAAUACCUGAUCUCCCCCCCUGCUGCUGCCUUCUAUAGGAUCAUUUUAAACCUGGGCCACCUCAUGGCUGCCAGCACUCCUGGGAUUACACGUUUUCUCAUUUAUAUCCAACCUGAAAAGGGAACAUCUUUGUGCCAGGAAUCUUAGCAGAAGCAUCAAGAUUGACUCUGAUUAAGCCAUCCUGGGUCACAUGCCCACCCCUAACCAAUCACUGUGGCCAGAAGGAUGGUAUAUGCUAAUUUGUUCAUUCUACAUCGGGGAAAGCCUGGGAUCAGCCUCCUUAGAAUCACAAAGGUCUCCAAACGGGCAGUUCCUGGGGAGGCAGCUGACUCGGGCCACACUAUAAAGUACAUGUGGUUUUAGCUUGCUAGGUUGGGAUCGGCUACACCUGUUUCCUUUUUCCCCUCCCUGUCUUGCAUUUUUCUUACUGCAGCUAUAAUAAUAGCCUCUUUCCUCUGGUAGGCUCAGAAGGAAUGAGAGGGAAGUCCCUCUCCUUUAAGGACUCUCUUUGGUCUCAUUUAGAUGAUACUUCCUACAUUUCAGAGAUGGAGAUCCUUCCCUUUCCUGUUUCUGAAUGUUUGUUUUUUCCUCAUUCUGCUUCCCUACUCAUUCUGCUUUCCCGACCCUACUGCCAGCUUUCACCAAGUGGAGUGAAAGAUGAACUUCUUAGCCAUUUUAUUAAAUCCAUUCUGUAUCCA